UGUCAUACAGUUUGUUUGGCAGUGUCAUCUCAAACGCAGUGGCCUUGAGGACCAGGAAAUCUGCAUUGUACGGGGUAGGUCUUGUGGAUUUCUUUUAUUUAUUUAAAAACUUUUUCGCAACACUCUCAAAUAUAGUGAAUUGUAAUAUGAUUGGCAAAAGUUAUGCUAAAAUAGACAAGGAAAAAAAGUUACUUGCGCACUGUUGCCAAAUCCCUGUGCAUAUUUAUAUAAAUGGAGGUUUUUAGUUCCACUCCAAUGACCAUUAGAUGUAAGCCCACCUGCCACGUCAAGGCAAACCUCGUAGUUGGGUCCUAUACUAACAAUUCACCUUGCUUGCUUCAGCUUAAGGCAAAAGAAAAUCUCUAAUGAGACACAGAGGGGUAUUUUUUUUAAACCCCUACAUGCUUAUUAACUCUUAAUAGGGUACACAUCCCAUGUGUUACCUAUUAAGGGUUAAUAAGAAUCUAAGAGGUUUGCCUUUGACUUGGCAGGUGGGUUUACAUCUAAUACCCAUUGGAGUGGAACUAAAAAAAAACCAUUUAUAUAACAACGCAUAGGGAUUUGGAAUAGUACGCAGGUGACUUCUUUUCUUUGGUUUCUAUUGUAUGUAUUGGGGUUGAUGUGUACUAUGGUCAUUGCUGCUUCUCAGGAGUAGUGGGAGUUUGAGUGCAGGACUUUUUUGUGUUUUUGUAAAAGGGAUGAAUUUGUUUUUGCAAACAAGCUAUUUUUGCCUAAAUUUUGCUUAUCAGAUUUUUUAUUGCUGCAAAACUGAAGCUAAAAUAGCUGAUCUGAAAAAAAGAUGUAAACUCAGCUAUAGUCAUACCUUGGCUGUUUUAAAAUUUGGAGUUUAGUGAAUAAAUCUAUAAUAGAAAAUUAACUGCAUUUUACAUCCUCAACAUUGUGUCAGUCCACCUCUGAAUUGUGUCAGUAAAACCCUGAAUUACAUUGUCUUUUUAGUAUAUCAAAUUGAAAAGGAAAGACCAAUGACAUAACACUGAAAUAGGGCAAACUCACUCAGGAAAAACUCUGUAAUGAAAUCCUGAACAGAAACCGUAUAAACUGAGAAUUAAAAAAAUAAUAAGCACCUUGUGGCUGCUUUUUAUUUACCCUCAAACUACCUCCUGAAAUGAGUCACUGAGAAAUAAAUAGUAGGUCUAAUUAAUAGUGGACCCUUAGUAGACUUGUGCAUAAAUGCUUUGCAACUGGCACAAACAAAUAAAAUGCAUUUUAUUCUGAAUAAACUGAACCAAUCCUGGGAUUUACCUGUAGAGUCUUAUUAACUGAAUAAGACUCCCCAGAUAAAUCCCAGUCAGAUCAAUCAUUCGGGUACAGAUUAAAAGGCAUUUGACUCGUUCUUGCCAUCUGCAAUGCAUUUGCACGCAAGCCUAAUCUUAAUGGCCUCCAUUUCAUUUUAUAAACAUGAUUUAACCUGUUGCUUCUGUGGUUAGUGUAAAAAUAUUUAUAUUUCUUUAAUUUUACCUGCAAAAAAGAUAUUACUGAAUCUGCGUCUGAAUGCUAAUUUCGUGCUUGAGAAAUAUCUGAAUUCUUAUAUAUAGGAUUUUGUCAUUCCCAGGAAGCAAAUUAGCAAAUUUUUUAUCGCCAAAUCUACAUCUCUCUAGAUUUCUCUUUGUGAAUAUGUAAAUGUAAAUUCUGGAUCGAUUUUUGGAGGCACACUCAAAGCUCAGUAAUUGAACUGCAAAAAUAUCAUAAUAAUGUGAUAAUAUUAACAUCUGUGGUCACAGUAUUUGCAUAUCCAAAAAAUGGGCAUCCGGUGGCAAAGUUGUAUAAAAUGCAUACAUAAGACAUCCAUUUCAGGAAAACAGCAAAUGCAAAAACACUGACAUUUGAUUAUGUAUAGUGAUCAAGAAACCAACAUUUUUUAAUUAUAUUUGCAAGACUAAUAAUUGUGAAGCAUUCAGAAUAAUACACGCCAUUAAUUGUGCAGUAUGUUAUAAAUUAUACAUGUAGAACUUGGAAUUUUCAUGUGGAAUACAUUUUUUAUGCCAGACAGACAUGCAUUAUUCAAAUUAUAAUUUAUAUCACUGGUACAUAAUAAAGAAAGUAAAACACAAACAGGUGAAUGCAUUUCUAGAACACAUAUUUAAGAAACUAAGAAUUCAAGGGGAAUUCAAUGUGAAUUCUGAUUUUAAGGGCAGAUUAGCCGAAUUGAAAGCAUAGCUGAUUAUAUAAUAUUUCAGUUUGGCUAUUUUUAUUUAUUUUUUUCUUUAAUUUAUUGGACAUUUAUGUAACAGAAUUGCAAUGUUUCCGUUUUCAUUAAAUUUCCUACAUAGAGGGAGCAAGAGAAAAACAGCAAUGAAUGUUAUAAAACUUGCAUGAUUAACAAUGAAAUAUCUCAAAAUUUUUGUUAAUUGCAUUCAGUUAUACAGGAAGCAAAACAAAACUUACAAAAGGUAAUGCAUUGUUAAAAAAAAUAUAUAAAAAUGGUUAAAGGACCACUAUAGUGCCAGGAAAACAUACUCGUUUUCCUGGCACUAUAGUGCCCUGAGGGUGCCCCCACCCUCAGGGUCCCCCUCCCGCCCGGCUCUGGAAAGGGGAAAAGGGGUAAAACUUACCUUUUUCCAGCGCUGGGCGGAGAGCUCUCCACCUCCUCUCCUCCUCCGAUCCGCCCCGUCGGCUGAAUGCGCACGCGCUGCAAGAGCUGCGGCGCAUUCAGUCGGUCACAUAGGAAAGCAUUCUAAUGCUUUCCUAUGGACGCUGGCGUGCUCUCACCGUGAAAAUCACAGUGAGAAGCACGCAAGCGCCUCUAGUGGCUGUCAAUGAGACAGCCACUAGAGGAUUAGGGGGAAGGCUUAACCCAUUCAUAAACAUAGCAGUUUCUCUGAAACUGCUAUGUUUAUGAAAAAAUGGGUUAACCCUAGAAGGACCUGGCACCCAGACCACUUCAUUAAGCUGAAGUGGUCUGGGUGCCUAGAGUGGUCCUUUAAUGAUGUAAAAUGUUCAGCAGCAUUUGAUUCAUCGUAUUAAAAUACCUUGUUUGCUUUAAAGUGUAGCAGAAUAGCAUAUAACAUAAAGUAUUUUAUUAUUUCCAGUCUAAUUCUCACUGUUAAGGAAUAUUGUGAUUGCUAUAAUAUGCUAUAAGCGCGGGUGCCAUAUAAAAUGGAAUAUAAAGUAAAUAAAAUAUAUGACACAAGCUCAGAAUCUGACAAGACAGUUACAUAUUCCUUUAUAUGUUUAAACGCUUUAAACUAGAGUCUUGUUUCUGUAAAAAAAAAAUGUUAAUUAUAUUUCAUACAUCUAGCUUCUUUAAAGAUAAGUAAAAUCUUGAAUAGCAUGUUGAUUAUCAUAUAUGUAAAUAAACUAGCUAACAUGAUUGUCCUCUAUUUACAGAAAGUAGGUAAUGGGGAUUGUGGAGGACGGAAAUAAGGAAAAUAAAGUUGAAUUGUAAUAGGGAAUUGCAAUAUUGUAGAACUCAGAUGGCAGAAUAGGAAGAAUUCAAGGGCAGUUGAUUUUAUAGUUUAAACAAUGCGACACUCAGUCCGGAGAGUCAGUCCCAGUGGGGAGGAUUGGAGGGGUGUUAACUAGUUACAGUAAAAUCCAUAUAACAAAAAUGUCUUGUUCCGGUUUGAUUUUCCAGCACAUUGGAUUUAAAAUGAAACAACGGCUAAAAUGAAAAAUUGUAUCAACUGUAAUUUACAUCUAUUUUCCUUAGAUUAAUGCUCGAAUAAAAAUAAAAUACAUAACUUCCUCCGUUUGAUACUAAUAAUUGGGAUGUGCCUAUUGAUGCAGUGUUCUUUGCCCAUACUAGUAGUGGACAGUAACUAAAACAUGUCAGCCAAACUUACCCAUCUUAUUAUUUCAAUGGAAAUACUAAGCAUUCCUCAUAAACCUUUUCUCAACGGUGAUAGAUAGCUCAGCACUUCCAUUCUUCAGAAAAAGUCAAUCAAACCGCCGCCAAAGCUUGUGGCAGAAAUGGCCAAAUGAUACCAGCUUAGUUAUACUGUCAUUCAUACUUCCAUUUAGAGUUAGUCAGAGAGGCCUUGUAUAGCGCCACCCAGAGGAUAGAAGUCAUCCAAGUACAUGUUUGUCCAGAGGCAAGCAUUGCUUCUCUUGUAGGAAGUAUAGGAAGUAGGCCUAAAUAGGAAUUUAGGAAUAACGUACGCAGACAGACGUGGAACUACUCGGACAUAACCUGGACAAGGAGCAUACAUUAUUAUGGUGUUUGGCGUGUCCCUUUAUCUAACUGUUUAUUUUGGAAACAUUUUGUUUUUGCUCAUAUGUUUUCUAGGUAAAACACAUGUCCAUUUGAUUUCAACUGUGGUGAUUUAUUGUAGGUUCAUUUAGGUAAUUUAGGUACAUUCCACUUUUUAGCUUUGAAAAAUAGCAUUUUUUUUUCUCUAGCAAUAUCUUUGGGGCCAUUUUCCUGUAGUACUGUAAAAUGUCUUUUAAGUUGUGAGGCCUUUGGUAGCAUCUAAGCAGAUAAGAUGUUUCUGCCCAAUUCAGCGUUCAUCUUACUGCUGCCGUCAUCAGUCACGUUAUCAAGACAAAGGAGUCAGCUCCAGGAAGAACGUUACACACCCAUGCCAUAACACCACUUCUACCAUAAGAAAUGGCAUUGUAUGCCUUGAAUCGUAGACUGCCAUAGACCAGAGAUCACCAUAAAGAGAUACCAUCCCCCCCAGGGAAAUCUAUCUAGCAUGCCCAGAACUACCAAAAAUUAACAAACAUAAAAGGUUGAAAUUCAAUAAGUUUGUAGAAUCACCCAAAUAAUGUAGUUAACAACAUAUAUAUGGGAAAUAAAUGUUUCAAAGUUCAUAUCCUAAGAGCUUUACAUAUUAACAAGUUUAUAAGAAGAAUAUCAUUGUGGAAGCUCUACUAAACCUUAGGAUCCCAAUGCUUCUGUGUGGGAAGUUUGCCUGGGAGAGCCUUACUAGUAAGUGUCUCCCAAAAGGCAGAGUAAUGCUGUAGCAAGGAGACAAUAUUGGCCCUAGAUUAAAGGUAAGUAAAGUCUGUUUUAUGGAAAUGGGGUACCAGUAAGAAUGCAACAAUUCAGGGUUCCAAACAUAUUUAUGUAUUAUGUUGGAAUGUUCCUUUACCAAACGUCUGAAUUGUAUUUUUUUUUUUUAAAUGAGCAGGCCAAGCACCUUCUCCCUCUCCUCUUUUAUUAUUCAUUUAUUUAUUAUUCAUUUAUUUAUGAUUAUUUUUUAUUACUAAAAUAAUUCUUACCAACUGUAUGAUCCCAAUUUUCCUCCCAUUACUUUGGUGUUUAUUCACUAAAACAGAACAGUAUUGUAAUUCAGAAUUUUCCCAAAUUAGCAUUUUUUGUCAAACGUUUACAGUUUGGUUUUUAGUCCAUUAUAUUUUGCUUUUUAGUUAAUAGAACCUUGUUUUUCAUUGCGUUUUACAGUAGAAAAAUUAGAAGUAAUAAUAACGUGUCAUUUAGUAAGAGUCAGUGUUUAUAUGGUUUAGACAAAUUAUUGCACAGUAGGUUAGAACCAAUUGGCCCUUAGUGCCUGUGUAUCCCUAUCUAAAAUAUUCAGCCUAAAUGGACUUCAUCUCAUUUCUUCCUUGGCUUACUCAUGUAGUAUAAAUAGCUUCUAUUUAUGACAUCACUUUCAUCCUCUUUAUUUAUAGUCUAUGGUAACUCACGGAGUGUGCAUGCAGUAUGAAGUAGUAGUGAGUGUACUUCUUGUGCCUAAAAUGUUAUUUAUAGUGAGUUGGUUUUACAGUAGCAUAGAAUAUCAACUUAAAUUUCUUCCAUGUGUAUUUCACAGAUUUCUCAUGCUAAUGUCACAGAUUAUGUCAUCUUCAGAAUUAUCCGGUAGAAAAAGGCAAACUUUAGGAAAGUCGAACUCAAUCUGAUACAGUUUAGAGCUACAGGCCAAUGUGAGCCUCUUUUGUACGAAGACCUGUUUUUUGCAUGUGUGCCCAGUAAGCGUACCAUCAUUCACAAAUUAUAGACUUAGAUUCAUUCUCACUAAUCUUUACCAUGCAGCUUUUGACAUCUUUGCUUGCCAGAUAACUACUGUGCCAGGGUGGUGUGUCUUUAGCCAGGGGUGCCCAGCAAGUAUGUCCCAAUAACCAUGUCUCCCAAUGCACAGCAACAAUGCUAGAUUGAGAAAUUUGCUGUGAGCAAAACUCACAGAGUGUUGACAAAAACGUUACAGACAAAUACCUCUGUAUACUUCACAUGAAAAAGUAGUGGAAGUUGCGAAAAAAAAUUGAGGAUUUCCAAUUCUUAGUCUGCUCACAUCUGCAUGGACUUAAAUGAACACUAUGCGGUCAGGAAUACAAACGUGUAUUCUUGACCGACCCUAUAGUGUUAAAAAACCAUGCUAGGUGGCUGACCCCUCCUUGCCCCUUAAAUAAACAUAAAACUCACCAUUACUCCAAUGCGUGCGUCUGUUUCACUUCCUUGGCUGAGAUCAUCAUAAUUGACUAAGGGAAAGCAUUGUAUUAGCUGAGAUUGUCAAUUCUGCCAAACAAUGUGCUGGCCAAUCAGCAUCUCCUCAUAGAGAUAUUUGGAUUCAACGUAUCUCUAUGAGGAAAGUUCAGAGUCUCCAUGCAGAAGGUGAAGAUGCUGAAUGUCAGUGCUGCACACUGUACAGCAUUGGCCCAGGAAGCACCUCUAGUAGCCAUCUGAGGCGUGGCCAGUGGAGGUAUCUCUAGGGUGAAAUGUAAACACUGCAUUUUCUCUGAAAAUGCCUGCAUUGACUGACUAUACUUACCAAAACAACUAUAUUAGCUGUAGUUGUUUUGGUGACUAUAGUGUCACUUGAACAAAGCCAGCUCAAUGCUUUUGUCAACAAGCUAUAAAUUACAAUAAACGUUUUAGAGUGAUGGGGUUUUAAAUUCAGGGAAAGUUCAGCGCAAUACAUUUCUCGUUCUUUCUGUUUUCACUUGCCACUGUAUACCUGAGCUCUCUACGCUCUCUCAGGGAGCAGAGCUUAUAACAGUAUUUGACCGGGAGUCAAGAUGGAGGUGUGGUGUGAAUUUCUACAUUGAAUUUUAUAUUUCAGACUCUAUAAACACAUAUUUGUAAAAUAGAAAAUGAUACAUACACAUGCGGACAUUUUCUGUUAUCUGCCCUCAACUAAUUCCAGGGUUAUUUCCUGUUAGCUGUCUCCAUUAUUUGUACUAUUUCUAGCGUUCAAAUAACAAUUCAGUGAGGUUAGUUCCAAACCAUCAUUUUAAACCUUACCUUAACCCUAAAUGUCCUCUUAUCUGCCCUCCACUUUUUUUUAUUUCUUAGUGUUAGAAUAAUAAGUAAGGCUAAUGGUUAAAAGGUUAUAAAAUGGUUAAAAUUAGAAAAAUGCAAUUCAAUUUAGGGUUAGGCACUUAUUUAAAUAAGCUAAAAAAGAACUAGAUAAUAAAGAUAGGACCAUUCUUUUAAAAAGUAAUAAGAAAUCUUUUGAUAACAAAAAAACUUCUAAUAAGAAAAAUAGAGAUUUGGGUACGUGCUUUAUUACAAGAUACAAUAAUAAAGCUAAUCAGAGAAAAUUAUUAAAAAAAUUUGGCCCAUUUUAAAGCAGGAUCAGUAUUUGAAAAAUAUUUUACCUACUAAACCACAGAUUAUUUAUAAAAAGACUCAGAGUUUGAAGUCUAUCCUAACACCGAGCACUUUACCUCGUAUUAAUACCGUAAAAACGAUAACAUUUCCAGAUAAAACCACAGAUAAUUUUUUAAGGGAGAAACCUUAAGGUUUCUUCAGAUAUGGAAGCUGCAGUACAUGUAAAUUUCAGAAACAAAAGACUGUGGAAUUUAAGGGUACUGCGACAAAAGAAAUAUGCAAAAUGAAACAUUUUAUAAACUGUCAAACAACAAAUGUUAUUUAUCUUUUAGAAUGCAAAUGCGGUAUUCAAUAUGUAGGACGAACAAAAAGGAAAUUGCACGUUAGAAUCCUGGAACAUUUCAAUGGUAUUAAAAGAGGAAAUAUGAAACAUUGUGUCCCUAGACACUGCUUAAAUUGUCCCUAUUUUAAUUUCAAGGAUUUUACAUGUAUAGGAAUAGAUUUGGUCACUCCCCAUUGGAGAGGAGGGGAUAUUGAGAAAACCUUGGACAUGAAGGAAACCGAGUGGAUCCAUAGGUUACAAACCUCCUCUCCAAGUGGUUUAAAUGUUGAUAUAGAUUUAUUAGUUUUUAUGGAUUGAUGCAAUUAAUAUUCCCCCGAUUUUAUUUAAUUUCUCCUCCAUAUAUACUAUUUAUUUUAUUUAUCUCCUUCGUUUGAUAUUCUUGCUAUAUAUAUAUAUAUAUAUAUAUAUAUAUAUAUAUAUAUAUAUAUAUAUAUAUAUAUAUAUAUAUGUAUGUAUAUUUAUUUAUUUAUUUUUUUACUAUUUUAUCAUUCUUUGGUGCCUUUAACAUGUUCCCCUAUUUUAGAGACCCCUAUUAGGUGUAACCUUGUUAAGGGAUAUCUCUUUGAAAAGAAACAAUUGGUUACUGUAAAAAGAGAUGAAGUCUCUUUAAGAAAAUGUUUAUUUUUAACCUUUGCCUUUUAAAUUCUCUUUGCAAACAGAUUGCUUUAAAAUAGACUUACUACCAAAAGGAUUUUUAAUUAUUUAUUUAUGUGACGUAUUUUUUCGGUUUAUUAGUGAUUUUUAUUGUGUAUUUUACUAUGUCUUUGAUCAUAUGUAUAAAUAAAGUUUGUUUUAAGUUUCCCGUGCGCAUGUGCAGUAGCGUGUAGCGAUCACGCGUGCCGCAUUGUUCACAGGUGGAUUGCAAUAAAGUUGGUUUUGCGUGUCAGGAUGGACUGGCGCGCAUGCGCGGCAACGUGUUUGCCGUAAAGCGCAUGCGCGCACCUGAAAGAAACGCACGAAAAUGAAGAUUUAAAAAGACAGAAGCAAUCAAAGGAAAUACAGCUCUUGAAAAAGUCCGACGGACAAAACGCGUUGAGCAGAGGAGCAGAGGCUUGCCAGCACUUCCCAGAAAAAAGAUUUUAUUUUUUUCUCUGCCUGGGACUUUCCAUCCAGGAGGCAUUGACAGUGGACUUACGAAAGGGAACUGCAUCCAGCAGUGUUGAAAAGCGGUUUUGCACAAUUUGAGAUAUAUGUCUCUUUGUGCCAUCAUUUUUGUGAGUGUAUAUUGUGAUUUUUUUUCUGUAAUUUAUUGUUAUUAAAUACUUCACUAUAUGUGCUCUUUAUUUUCUCUUUCAUGUCCAUCUCCAUAUUUUUAUGGUAAAUAUAUGCACGUGUUGUGAUUGUGGCGCCCCCUGGGUAUAUGUUUUUUUAAACUAUACAUUUCUUAGGCACUUAUUUAGCCUCACUCAAUUAUUGUUCUAACUCUAACCCUAGAAAUAGUGGAGGGCAGGUAACAGGAACAGAAAAAAUAUCCAAACUAAUGAUAGUGACAAAAAUUCUCAGAGACAUCAUUGUCCCAGAUUCAAUGUUCAAAUAAUGUUUUUAAUAGGACCACAGACGCUGAUGGAUCUUAAGAGCUGGUCUAAGAAUUGUUUGUAUAGAAGCCUGAUCAUUUUAGUCUUGAGUAUUAAAAUCACAGAAUUAGUAUUUUUGUGAAAUUAAGCUCAAAAUUAUGAGCAGUAAGGUCAGUGCUUGAAGAAUUAACUGAAAUAACUUUUUGGAAUCUCUUACUCAUCUUUUAUUCAUUUUGUUUUUUUAACUAAUUUUAUUUAUUUUUAUUCAUUUAACUUUACUCAUCUUUUUGGAAUCUCUUACUCAUCUUACUUAUCUCUUAUUAAUAUUUGAUCAUUUUCAGACAAGAAGAUGAAGAAUUGGUCCUGGCUAAUACCCGUGUUCCUGCUUGUGCCUCCCUUAACCUCCUGUUGUCCUUCUGGAUGUCGCUGUGGCUCUGGUAUUGUGGAUUGUACCAAUCUUGACCUCAGCUCAAAAUCCCUACCAUCCUCAUUCCAACCAUCUACAAGAAAGAUCCUUCUCAACAACAACAAGCUCGAAAACAUCCCAAAUGGUCUCUUUGACCGUCUUCCUGAGUUACGGGAAGUGCAUUUGCAACAGAACCCCUGGCAAUGUGACUGUAAUAUCCUAUAUUUGCGCAGCUGGCUGCAAGCGCAACAGAAAAGAGAACUGUACCGUGAUGUUACCUGCUUUACCCCAGAGCAAUUCAAGAGUAGAGUCAUCAUGUACCUGACUGAGGAUGAACUGAUGACCACCUGCCAAUACUGGUACUGUAAUUUGGCAAUGGUCUCCCAACUGUGCCUUUUUAUCUUUAUUGCUGUUCAAGGAAUCCUACUUAUUUUUGUUAUUCUUUCACUCCGCCGAUUCCAGAGGAUUGCCAGGGAGGCUCGGCGCACUGCCAAGGAACUACAGCAGAACUCAGAAUCUUACGCCUACGAUAAUAUUCCACUGUAUAACUACGACAGAACAACAUAAGGCAACACAAAAAGCAUGAUACAGGGAACUAUGUCAAAUCACUGUGCUUUUUGUACAGAUAAUGUUCAGCAUAAUAAAAAAUAUAGGGUAGGUCUAAUGUAUUUAAUAGGGCAGUCCAAGCACUAUAACCACUAAAGCCCACUGUAAUGGUUAUGAUCCCACAUGGCUCUGUCCUGCUGUUAUGUGUUAAACUGUUUGCAAGUAGUCCAAAACCUGCCUUUCUGCCCCCAGCUGCCUAAAUUGCUAACACAGAAUAUACACUUUUGUUUUAGCAAUAUCAAAUCCAUCCAUAUUUGUAUGUCACCGAUUAGCUGAACAUAUCAGCUAACACUCUCAGCAUAUUGCUGCCAAUAAGAUACAAUGACAUUGGUAUUGGUUAUGUGGAAACCAUUGGUUUGUGUCAAAAGGUUAAAAAAUAGUUUGACACAGCCUGCUAGCACCAUAACUAUCUCAAUGAGCUGUAAUUGUUGUGGAGCUUAGACUGCCUCUUUAAAAAAAUUUAAAAAUAUCCAACAUUAUAUAUAUGUGAAAAAUGCACAAAAAAAGUGAAGAGCAAAGGAUAGCUCUAAAGCUAGAUGAAUGAAGCCACACUUCAUGAAUGUGCUGGAAUCAGGUAACACAUGUGGCAUAUAUAUGAAAAUGUCAUAUUCUUUUUUUAUGUGAAUACAUGCCACAUGGCUGGAUGGUUGCUGCAGAACUUAUGGUGACAAUGGUUAUGCAGAUUUGUGUGCAGUCUAUGACCAAUGGAAUCUCUAAUCUGCUUGAUUCCCAUUGGUUGUACACAAUGUUCUAUUUAUGUCUAUUUUAUAUUGUGUGGAACUAUAAUAUAAUUAAAGGGACAGUUUAGGCACCAUAACCACUUCAUCUAAAUUAAAUUGUUAUGGUGUCAUGAGGCCCCCGGCGCACUCUUACCUCAAGGGCCUAGACAAUUCUUGAACAGUUUAACCCCAAAAUUGCGUCCAAUGUGGCUGACGCUCUCAGCCAAUGAGUGAUUUCCCAUUCACAAGACUUGCUUGAAAAAGGUACAUUUCUUUCCAAGCCAGUUUUGUGAAUAGCAAGUCACUGAUUGACUGAGAGCGUCAGCGGACCACUCUUAGUCAAUCAGCUGCACUAUGCGAUUCCUGAAACUGAAAUUUCAGAAGCCGGAUGCCACCUCCAACUGGGGUAGUUGAGAGCAGCGCUGGAGGCACCUUUGGGGUUAAACCAUUCGAGAACGGUUUAUUCCCUUGAGCGCCCAGUGGUUUCCUGGCACCAUAGCAACUUUAAUAAGAUUAAGUUGUUAUGGUACCUGGAAUGUGCCUUUAAGGCUCAAAUAGUGCUGCUUAAUUGUCUCAAACCUUGCCUGAGGACAUUCGAUAAUUAUCUUUUCAUAAAGUUUCAGCAAAACUGCUUUAGAACAGGAUCACUAAUAGUUAUAAAACCAUUAGACUCUAAAGAGCAAUGUAUAAAAAAAAUAAAGGUACUGCAAGCUUGUUGUUAAUAGAUAACUGCUUUUUACACUGUAUUUUAGUUUUUUACAAUCUGGGAGAUUUUUUUUAAAACUAAAAACAUAGUUGAUUUUUUCCAAUUUAGCUAGUUUGAGUUAAAACCUUAAAUUCACUUUGAAUUCCCAACAUUUCAAUGUUGAUUAACCAGCAUAGUUUAAUAUAGUAUCCAGCUAAUACAUAAGUUUGAAAAUUUCGCAUCUGAUGCUCCAUUUUUAAAACACUCUGCUGGAUUCUCAUUGAUCUGAAAAAUCAGACUGAAACCUCAAUCUGUUCUGACUAUCCCAUAUUACUUCCCCUCAUUUCUCUCCUAUGUUGCUCUAGAUAUCUGACAUUCUUUAGGCCUAAUCACCAGCUCUUUUCCUGCCAAGAUGAAAUUUGUCUGGAAUCCAUAUUAAACCAGCCCAUGUGAUUGAAAUGAAGGAACUGGUCCACAAUUCUCUAUAUUUGCAUUUUAAUGCCAGUCGUCACAGUCAACACAAGGUAUGCCACCACAAAUAAAGCACUUACCCGUGUUUCCCCGAAAAUAAGACCGGGUCUUAUAUUCAUUUCCCCUCCCCCCCCCGAAAAUGCACAAGGGCUUAUUUUCGGGGGUGGUCUUAUUUCGUGGAAAAACGUGUGGUAGAAAGCAGGUCUAUGUUCAGGAGAAUUCCUCCGAACAUAGACCAAUUCACUAGAGCAUGGAAUCCUGCAAAUCUAUGCUCGGGGAAACUUUCCCGAAUAUAGAUUAGCUUACUCGCUAAUAGAAUACCGCAAAUCUAUUUUCGGGGAAACUUCCUCGAACAUAGAUUAGUUCACUUGCGAAUGGAAUCUUGCAUAUCUACAUAGACAAACUUAUUCCCGAAUGGAAUCUUGCGUAUCUAUGUUCGGUGAAACUUCCCCAAACAUAGAUAAGCUUACUUGCGAAUGGAAUUCCGCGAAACUAUGCUCAGGAAAAAUUCCCCAAACAUAGAUUAGCGAAUGACUAGGGCUUAUUUUCAGGGUAGGGCUUAUAUUAGGAGCAUCCCCCCAAAAUAGGCAAGGGCUUAUUUUCGGGGAUGUCUUAUUUUCGUGGGAAACCCUGUCAAAUGCAUUUUAUUCCCAAGGAUAAUUCCCAGACAUGCUCCUGUCUUAUGUACACUGAGUAGCUAAAAAAGUUCCUUCAUUUAAGCAAAUCAUAUGCUGGAUUAAAUUGAUCUACAUAUUCAGCAGUAUGGCAGGUUCUACCAGUUCAUCAAUAUGGCAGGUUGACUAGAGCCAAGGAACAAAUGACCACUUUCAUGUGAAAUUGUCAACCCUCUGGGGCCCACAACCUGCGACUGAAUUAUUAUGGAAUCCAUAUUCCCCUUAAUAAGAUGAUGCACUUUCAAAUAUUCAAUCUUGAUUUAAAUGUUAAUCAUAGAAAGCCACAAUGUCAUCUGAUUUAAUGGACUGGACAUAUUUUCCUGUUACUCUGAUUGUGAAUUAUUUGCAGGAACAUCAGUGUAUCAUCUUGAGAUUCAACCAACGCUCGGUGUUCAUUUUUUGUUGUAUUGUUUUAUCUUAUUGUUGUAUCUUCAUGAUGUCCCAUAAACAUGAUCUGUUCCAAACCUCUUACAAUAAAUUACAAGUAGAAUCUGCAAUAAUUCUUAUUCAAUACCGCUUUUCUAAAGGCUCCAAAGUCACUCAAUAUCCACUCACAAAGGUCCCAGGUUAAAUUACCACUUGGUUCAGCAGUCAAAUAAAUCCUCCUGCCAUGUAGGAAUUUCUCUUUUAGGAUCCUAUGAUAUCCAUGCUGCCUGUAUUUAAAAAUAAAAUAAGAAAAACAAUACAUACCUUUAACAUUUCCCUCUGUGCACUGUUUAACCAAUCAUGGAGUUACUCGUAUCCCAUAAACCCCUGCACAGCAGUAUUUUAUGGGAAAUGUAGUUUAUCCCUAAAAGCCGUUUCCCUCAUCACACAGAAUAAAAAAGUUAAUUCUACAACCAAAUAAUGAGCCUCCCUGCACAUGUAAUAUACAUCAUUUGGGUCACUGUCAAAAAUUUUCAAAACUGUUGAAAUGUAAAGUAUGAAUGCAAGGUUUAUUUCGUAGGUAGCAUUACUCUUGGACAUUAGUUAUUAAUCCUUGUAUUAAAUUCUAGAUUCAAAUCUCCAGUUCACGGCCUGUGUUUUAAGUAAUCCCUUUAGGUGGAUGGAUUAAAACUCAUAACAUUGAGAAAGAUGAAGAGACAUUACAGCACAAAAUCUAUAAACAUUUCACCAUUUCGAUAAUAUAAAGAACAGCUGGAAAUAUCUCCAAUUAAACGUUGACUAAAACUAAAUUGAAAUUUGCCGCCAAAAUUAACACUGCAC